AUGAAGGAAAAGAACGGCAGAAGGAAUAAUCCUGGCGGUGGCGGAAAAAUGGGGGGAAGCCAAAAUGGAAGCGGCGGUGACACGACUGGCGAUCCCAUCAUAGGUGGAAACAACCUUACGGGCAGUGCUUUCACUGGUGGGUCUGAUAAUGCCAUCGACAACGGCUUGGACAACAGGUACGACGCUGGUGGCAACCCUGUGGAGGAUUCCAUGGACGCAAAACCUGUCGAAGUAGUCGGACAGGUUAAUGUAAGUAAAAGUGAAGGGUUAAAUAACCUGAACUGGGAGGAGGAGGUAUAUUACGUGGAUGGUAGCGAUCACGCUGUGGAAAAUCUUGAUGAAGAGAAAAAAGGGCUCGAGCAGGGAGAAGAACCCGAAUUGUGCAAUGAGGUACUAGACAGCGACAAAUGCGCAAAGGAGUCGAACCACCAUAAUUGGGAAGCUCCCUUGGGGGAAUCCUACAUGGCUAGUGAAAUACCUGAUGAUAAUUUGGGUCAGUCGAUUAUCCAAAGCUUUCAGGGCGAUGUCUGCAACAGCAGCAGUGGCAGAGGUGACCACCCCGUGGAGGGGGAUCCCUUCGGCGUCGUCGCUAGCGGUGUUGGCAAUAGCGUUAACUGCAUGGAUGUGCCCCCUGAGGAGGACCCACAGUUUCCGCUGCAAAACGCGGAGGUAGUAAAGUUUAAAAAAAGGGGAAACCUCAAAUUUAUUAAAAGGGAAACGAAUCUAAAAAGCGGCAUGGAUGAAGAGAAGGAAGAAGUUAUUGUGUCUGUAGGGGAUAAUCCCAGUGUGGUUAAUCCCGUGGAUAACAUAGGGAUGAGCAAAGUGGGGAGGAAAAAAGGGAGACAGGGGAAGAGUGCGAGCAGUGGAAGGAUGGACGAUGGGGGUACCUUUCAGUAUUCCCCCGUGGGGUACAACGUGAAAGAGUACAACCAUGGUAAUGGUAUCGAUAAUGGAACAGGCCAGUUUGUGAAGAACCUAGCGAACAAGGCAGGCGAAAGGAAGAAGGGGACGAUGCGUAAGGGGAAGAUGAAAACGAAGAAAAAAGGCCCACAGAAGAAAAAGUCGAAGGGCACCCUAAAAGGAACCUCCACAUAUGGCCGACUCAAGUAUGAGACAACGCAUGCAGGAAAUGUGAAGAUAAAAAAUGAGAAGAAGAGAUACCUAAAGGGCAAUCAAUAUUAUAACUACAACGAUUAUAACAGUGGUGCGUAUGGUAGCGGAGUUAUACACGACAUGAGUAACAAAUUUUCUAAUAUAAAAAUUAGCAAACAUUUUUUUUUAAAAAUGGACGAUGAUGAGGAGGAGUGGGAGGAAGAGGAGGGGCACAAGGAGGAUGGGCGUUCGAGUAGGAACAGUUCCAUGUCGUUGACCUUAAUGAAGAAAAAUUUUCAGAAAAAAAUUAUCAUCCUGGAUGAGCGUGCCAACGGGUGGACAGGCAGCACAGGUAAUGUAUGUAGCACCAGCGGUGUGGGUAGCACCGAUUGUUCAGGCAACCCCAGUGGUGAGGGUGAGGGUGUGGGUGAGAACGCUGGAGAGAACCCCCCCGAUAACAGCAACGAAAAUAAAGUGAUGAAAAAAAUUUUAACAACUGAAGAAAACGCAACUCUCCUGAACAACGUAAAGGAAGUGAACACGAAGAGGUUCAACUUCAGUCACAUCAUUUCCAGCAAGGACUCUCUAAUGGAACAGUUCAUGUUGUAUAAUUUGUUCUCCUAUGAUAUUGCUCUACUGAAAGGUCCCCUCAAAUUCAUUUAUACCUAUUGUUUGUUUAAAAAUUUAAGACUGUAUUAUCAGAUCCAGGACAAAAAUGUCUACAUAGACGAGAAGGCCAUUUCUAACUGUCGGAUAAAGGACAACCUGAUAGACACGCACUCCAUCAUCCUUGCCAUGUACGAGAAUUAUUGCAAAAGUUUGAACAAAAGUAAAAUUCCCAUCGAUGAUUUUUUCAACUUAAAUUAUUUUAACAUUCAUAAUGUUAAAUUUGCGAAAAAAAAUGUGCAACACAAUAAGAAUUACGACGAUAGUAUUUUACCGGAGAAGGAUAACAGGAAGAUCAGCUCCAUGUAUAAGUUUAGGCCUUACCUCUAUUCGAACUGUUCGAAUGAUGAGAAGGAAUCCCCUGUGAAGGUUGUGCCCGUGGAUGCAGAAAGGAAAGGCCUCGUUAAGGUGGAAGAGGGGGGGGAAGUCGCCGGGGGAGGAUCGACGGGGGAAAUUCCUCCAGAGCAAAUCAGUGCGAUGGACAAGGAUUGCCCGCAACUCUCCAAAGAUGCUUCACCAGUUAUGUGCAAGGUGGAGGAUGCGCCGUGCGAUUUGCAAGAUUUGCCGCAAGAGAGCCAACCCACGGAGAAGGAAGCCGACUCGGAGCAGGUCGAGCCGAAGGUGGUGAUGAAUGAAGCUGUAAAGCGGGAGGAGGAAGAAGAGGAUCUUCCAGAUGAGGAAGUAAACGAAGUGGAGGCAAACGAGCUGGGCGAAGACUCCCUGCCCACGCAAAAACAGCGCAAGAGGAAGAUGCUGGUGGGGGAGAGCAAAGAUGAGCCGUCUGACUGCACUAGUAAGAAACAGAGGGGCGAAGAAGCUGAUAUGGGGGAGGGCGAUAAAGACAGUCAGGAUGUGCAGUGUGAAAAUGCCGCUUUACUAGCAGAUGGGGAAACGCACCAAGUGGGAAGUGAAUCAAUCCAGGAGAUGUUGCCCCUAUGUCAAGUGAAGAAAGAAACUCCCGACGUGGUCGAAUGUGAGGAGAAGCCCAAAUGUGAAGAUGCGCCUAUAGUAAUGGCCCGCGUGAAGAGUGAAGAGAAGGAAGAAAAGGCAGAUGAAGGAAAAAGCUACAACUGCAUGAUGAUCAUCCCCCCUGAGGGCGGCACCGAAGAGGGAAGAGCGAUAGUAAAAAGCGAGCCAUGGGAGGAGGAACCAGUAACUCCCGACGGGAGGAGGAAACACUUAACAGAGAAGUACAACGAAUUGGUAACAAAGGGAGGAAUCAACGAAACUGGAGAGUACAGAAAGAAACAAAUGUUGCGAAAUAGAUAUGUUAAGGAGGAGAAGGGAAUGAGGGAGGUGAGGCUGGGGAGGGGGUACAAAAAAAGAGGCUCGUCCAACGUGUCUAUGAAAAGAGGAAGGAAGAAUUUUUUCUGUAACAAUAAUUUGUCGCUUAUGAAAAAUAGGGGAAGGAGAAGAGGAGGAGGUAUUUCUUCAAUGAGGGGGAAGAGGAAAAUAGGGGAGAGAACAAUCAGGGGAGGCGAAUCCCAUUUUAGAAAAAAAGGUUCAGACUAUGGUGAGUACACAGAAUAUGGGGAGGAUGUGAGUGAAUUAGGAAAUGUGAACGUGAUGCUGCUCGAGAGGAUAAAAAAUAAUUACAAAAGGAUAAUGGAGAAUAAUGAAUUGAAUAGAAAGAAGAGGGAGGAGAAAAUGAUGCUGAUGAGUGGACGUGGUGGUGGUACCAUUGAAAGGGUGGAUAACUUGGCGGGGAAAGAGAGUGCAUUUCCUGAAGGGGGCACAAAUGCGAAUGGUGUAGAAGGAAAGGGGGCAGGUGGACCAAGCGGAACAAGCGGAACAGGCGGACCAGACGGUUACACCGGUAUCGUGGACAAUAAUAUAGGUGGAUAUAACCAGGCAGGUGUCAAUAAUGAUGACAAAAUUAACGGAGAUAAGUUGGCCACACUGCCAGAGGGAGACGCAACAACAGGGGCAAACAAAAGUAACAACAACGAACUGUGGGAAAAGAAGUACAUGCUUUCAGUAGACUGGUUGUACCACAACAAUUUUAAUAUACUGGAUAUCAAAGUGAACACCCAUUUUUCGCACAACUACCACAUAGCGCUAUUUUUUUUGUGUAAGUACACGUCGUAUAAUCUUUUUCUACACCCGAUAAAUAAGAAUGAGCAUAUCGUGUCAUCUGUAAUAUUGAAUUCGAAAAAUGAAGUACUCACGGAUAAUGGCAACUUCUUUGUGCUUAGAUAUUUACUGUCCUUUCUGAGCAAUAAAAUUUCAAGCCUCAGGAAAUGCUAUGCGAAUGCACUGUAUAACUCGUAUUUGCUGCAGAUGCCUAUACGAAUCUUCCGACACAAUAACUUGAAGACAAAGUACUGUCCCAAUUAUGGGAUCCGCUACGAUGGGAUAUACAAAAUUGUGAACGCUUUCACCAUCAACGAUUAUUCUACGUCGGAAUAUAAGAGAGACAUCCUAUACGUUUUUAAGAGACUGUAUGUGGAUAAGUGCUUUAUUCCACGGAAUUGCCGUUUUUAUGAAAAUCAGUGCGAGAGGAAGAAGUACCUAAUUGAAAAGAACUCCGUUUCUAUAAACGUCUUUUUGGAUAGCGAAAUGAUCAUGACUUUGACUGUGCCAUAUUUGAAAAAUUACAAAUCGACGACCUUCAUGAACUUUAACCACAUAUAUAAGUUCAUUCGGCGGAGGUGCAUCAAGGAGAAAUUGGCUUCCAAGUGGGUCCGUAGCGAUGUGCGCAUGUACGAGAUGUGCAAGCGGAAGCUGCGUGAGGAGGACAAAUCUGGGCAAACUAAAUGCAAUGUGGAUGCACCCACGUGUACUGGUAGCACCGUUGCCCCCACCGGGACAGGCGGCGCAGAGACGUUCCCCUUCUGGUGUCGCGGCAAGUACCUCCCCCUGGUACUGGUCCUGGAAACCCUAAACUUUGAAAAGGAGAUAAACGAAAACCAAAGAAUUAGAACCAAAAAUUUAAAAAAUAUCGAAAUAUCUAUCCGAAAGACGGAGAUACCAAUAAACUGCGAAAUGGCCAAGAGACCAGCCCAUCUGUUCAUUCCCAUAAAAAGCAAAGAAGCCAUAGCAGCGCAUAUCGAAUUGAAGAAGCCAUUCGAUGAUACAUGGAACCCGUAUGAAGAUCUCUCAGCUGGAAAGGAAAAGUUUAAAAUUCCAGUAGAAAACACAGUGGAUGAUUCACUCCCCCCUAUGAAUUUUACCUAUGUAAGUAAGACCCUCUUUUUUUCAAGACUCCCUCCAUACAAUUUGUUACCUUUGUGUUCAGGGUGCGCACCACAGAAUUACAGCAAAAAGGAGUUCGAUGAAAUAUAUAUUAACGGGUACUGCAAGGCCUUGCGGCAUAAACGAACGGGCAAAAUAUAUUGCGAUGGGAAUAAGAGCUACGAUAUUAACGACUUUAAUGUGCUGGCUGCUUGUUCGGGGAACUGUCUGUGUGAUCCUUUAAAAUGCACCAAUAAAUUUCCGGAGGGAUUGCAUUACCCUGUGAAGGUGGUGAAGACGCGUGACAUCGGAUGGGAUAUCGUUUCCUCGUCUUACAUAAAAGCCAAUUCGUUAAUUAUGCACUACGUUGGGGAGAUAACCACUAGGAAGGAAAUGAUUUCCAGGGAACACGAAUACGACAAAAAAGGAUACUUUAACUACUUCAUCGAAACGGCAGAGGUGGAUGAAACGUACACCGAUGACUGGAAGAUCCCAUGCAUUGAUGCGCUGUUCAUUUCGAACGUAGCUCGAUUCUUAAACCAUUCUUGCGAACCGAACGUGAAUGUCAUCACCAUUUGGCGGGGCGACAAUUACCCCUCCGUUGGCAUCUUUGCCUCUAGGGAUAUUAAGCCGGAUGAGCCUCUGAAGUACCACUACGGGAUCAACUACAAGAACAUCAAGUGCAUGUGCAAUUCGAAGAAGUGCAAGGGGUACAUCGGGUGA